AUGGAACGGCAUCCGGUGCCUCUCCGGCUCCUGCUUCUCCGGCUCCUGCUAUCCUCGGCCGUCGUCUCCUCUUCGCCCGCCGCCACGCCCGCCGCCCCGAGACUCUUCGCUCGAGCCGACACCUGCGCUGCAAAGGGCCUCGAUUCCUGCUCCAACGACCUCCCGGACAACUUCUGCUGUCCCAAGGGCAGCUCGUGCAUCUCUCUCGCCGCCGGCACCACCGCCCUAUGCUGUCCCAACGACAAGUCAUGCGACACAAUCGAGCCCAUCACCUGCUACAUCCAGGCUCAGGACCCCGCCACUGACUUGAAGGCCCCGGUCAAGACGACCGUCUUUGACGUCGCCCUGCAAAAGUGCGGCGCCAGCGGCUAUUGCUGCCCCUUUGGCUAUUCCUGUUCAGACGGCGGCGCCAGGUGCUCCAAGAACAAGGAUCAGUCCAAGUCCCCCAAGAGCGAGCAGCCCAGCGCCAGCUCGACGACUGCCGCUGAGCCAAGCGCAACGAGUACCACGGCCGACUCGCCUUCGUCUGCCGCUGCCGCCUCUACCACACCCAGCGAGGUCUCCGACCCGAGUCCCGUCCCCGGGCCAAACAAGGGCCCCCUCAUCGGCGGCAUCAUCGGGGGCGUCGCUGGCUUCAUUUUUCUCCUCAUCGUCAUCAUCCUUUGCGUCCGCCGCAGCCGUCGGGCCGCGUCCGACCAAGAUUCGAUUCAGGACGGAAGCACCGGGGGCGGAUCGGGACCCUACGGCCACGUCAUCUCCGCGCCCGUCCUCCACCCGGGCUCCUACCGCAGCGAUUUCCUGCGCGGGAAUCCCGCCUCCCCGGAGCCGCCAGCCACGCCGGUCGUCGCCCCGUAUUCUCCUACCAAUACGCACCUCAGGCCGGCGCCGCGCAUCUCCAUCCCCAACCCCUUUGACUCGCCCAACCCCUCGCCCUACUCGCCCGUCGGGUCGCGCGCGUCCGUCACGUCGGUCGAGGAGCUGACGGCCCGGACUGGCCACGUCGUCGGGUCCCGCCUCGCGCCUAUCCGCGACAUGAAGCCCACCGAAGCGCGGUACUCGCGCCGCAUGUCGACGCACGACGUCGGGCGCAAGCCCAGCUUCGAGGACAUCAAUGUCUUUGCCGACCCGGAAACGGUGCGCCCCAGCAACAACGACCACCGCAUCACCACCAUGUCGGACAUGAUGGAGGAGGUCGGCCUCGGCGACGUGCACCGCGGCCGGCGUCCGUACGUGCCGGGGACCACGCCGAGGAUAUAA